AUGGCGGCGGCCGGCGCUGCCCGCCCGCGGGUCACGGCCGGCCCGCCCGCUUCCUGCUUCCGCGAGGGCCUCCAGGAGAGCCCGGCCCUCGAGGGCCCCCCGGUCCCCCAGGAGUGCCAGGAGCCGAUGGCAUCGACGGUGUCAAGGGCGAGCCUGGAGCCCCCGGUCCUGGAUGGACCUGCAGGGAAGCCGGGCAUCGAUGGGCUUCCAGGCCAGGUUGGACUUCCCGGGGAGAUCGGAGUGCUGGGACCCAAGGGUGACCCCGGACCUGAUGGCCCCAGGGGUCCCCCGGGUCCUCCAGGGAAACCUUGCCCCACCAGCUGCCCCCCAGGUCCCAAGGGCCCCCAGGGACUGCAGGGAUUGAAGGGACACAGAGGCCGCCCCGGCGCCCUCGGAGAGCCCGGCAAGCAGGGAGAGCAGGGCCCCAAGGGGGACGUUGGUGCCUCUGGAGAACAAGGAGUCCCAGGCCCUCCGGGACCUCAGGGCCUCCGGGGCUACCGGGCAUGGCAGGACCCAAGGGGUCCUGCUGGCUACAAGGGCAUGGUGGGGAGCAUCGGAGCAGCCGGGCGGCCGGGCAGGGAAGGCCCCAAGGGACCACCUGGGGACCCUGGUGACAAGGGAGAGCUGGGCAGCCGUGGCAUCAGGGGACCCCAGGGUGACAUCGGCCCCAAGGGGGAGAAUGGUCUCCCAGGCAUCGAUGGCAAGGAUGGCACCCCAGGAAUCCCCGGAGUGAAGGUGAGAGAACUGCAGGAGCUGCCACAGGCGGUGCCACCCCGUGCUGGCAACAACGGGGACAGCAAAGGGAACAACGUCCCUUGGGUGGCAGCUCCUGACCAUGGGGACAAGGACAGUGCCAUCCUUGGGCAGGAGUCCCUGCCCACCUGUGGGCACCCCAUUCCUGGUGACUUCUCCUCUGUCCCCCGCAGGGUGGCACAGGACAGGCCGGACGCCCAGGAACGCCAGGACACCGGGGACAAGCUGGAUUGCCGGGCCAGCCGGGAAGCAAAGGUGGCCCAGGUGACAAGGGUGAAGCGGGUCCUCGGGGCCACCCCGGUGUCACCGGUGCCCCAGGGCAGCUCGGUGACAGGGGCGAGCGUGGCCUCGUGGGUCCCCCCGGCGAGCAGGGCAGAGCGGGGGAAGUCAGGAGAGCCAGGACCCAAGGGACAGCAAGGCAUCCAGGGCGAGCUGGGCUACCCCGGCCCCUCGGGGGACGCAGGAGCUCCGGGGGUUCGGGGCUACCCCGGCCCGCCCGGCCCGCGGGGGCUGCUGGGGGAGCGCGGAGUGCCGGGAAUGCCAGGCCCGAGGGGCGCAGCCGGCCGGGACGCCGGGGACCAGCACAUCGUGGACGUGGUGCUGAAGAUGCUGCAAGAGCAGCUGGCAGAAGUGGCUGUGAGUGCCAAGAGAGCCGCCCUGGGCGGGGUCGGGGCCAUGGGACCCCCCGGCCCCCCCGGGCCCCCAGGACCACCCGAGUGA